GUUCCGGCGGCACUGUCUCCCAAGUUCGGUCAUUAUCUCUCUAACCGAAUCGGAGAAAUCGAGAACAGUUUCUCUCUCUCUCUCUCUCUCGCUCCUCUCAUGGCGCACUUCCGUCUCCCCAUCCUUUCCUUCCUCCUCCUCCUCCUCAACAUAACCAUCGCCUCCACCGUUGCUCCACCACAACCUAACCCACAUCAGCUGGACAACAUCAUCGACGCUCUAAUCGGAGCCGCAGACUUCGACAGCUGGGCCAGCAUGCUUUCCGCCGCCGACCUCCUCAGCUUCCCACUCUCAGUCACGCUUUUUGUCCCCUCCGACUACUCUCUCUCCAACCUCCCGACUUCCUCCACCACUACCGCUGCCGCGGCCGCUGCCAUGGAUCCCUUCACCAUCUCCUACCACAUCGUCCCUCAACGCCUCGCCUUCUCAGAUCUAUGCCUCCUCAAACCGCUCUCUCGCAUCCCUACUCUCCUCCCCUACAAAUCCAUCCUCAUCACAAACACCUCGCUCACCAAUUUCACCCUCGACGACUCCCUCCUCUCCCAACCGGAUCUCUACAUCAGCGCCUCCAUCGCUGUGCACGGCGUCGACACUCUCCUUAACUACACCGUCUACGGCACCGACACUGCCCUUCUGCCACCUCCAACGCCGCCACCAACUCCGCCGAGAAAUAAUCGACCCUCACAUACUCCGCCGUCACCUCCAACUGAUGCGAUUGAUCUCCCAUCUGGACUGUUGUUGCCGCUUGGAAAUGAAAUCGGUGGAAGCCGGAGGUCUGUUAAUGCUGAUUGGUUGUACAGGGAAUACCUUCCAAUUGUUCUGUUGAUUGUUUGUGUGGUUUUGGGGAUCAGGAUUUACGGGGAUUCCUCUCCGCAAAAGAAAUUUGGUGUGUUUGUAUUCUCAAUUUUGUCAAGAAUUAAAACCAUCGAGUUCCAUAAUUUCUCCUUUUCUAACGCCAGUUAGUCUCCUACUGCCUUGGCUCAACUCAACCAGGCACAAUGUCAUUUGAGGCAUUUAGCAGUCUUUUAAGUUCAAUAACAAAGUUACAUUAUGUAGAAAAAAAAAAACUCACAUAGAGGUAGUGGGUUGAAUAAAUCUUGAUGUGUUUCACAUCAUACAGCGUAGAACAAAUUACAACAUUGAACAAAAGUCACAAUAUACAAGAAAGUAAUGAAAACAGAAAAAGGAGUAGCAGCCAGUAGUUGAUAAGAAAACAGCUAACUCUUUGAAUUCCAUUGUUUUUUUUCGUUGCAGUUAACAUGGGUAUCAGCACUUUAGCCGACUAAAGUUCGACCUUCAAAGGUGACGGAUGUUACUCAACUUUGAAUUAAGUCGAGAAAACACAAAACCUGCACAAUAUGUUUGUUGAAAAAAUUUUUAAGCUCUUCAUAAGUUAAAACGGGGUUGUGAGUAUAAUUUAAACUGAUAAAAAGAAAUUACUAACAAAAUGGGAGCGAAUUAGUUGCGAUU